GGAAAAAAAAAAACAGUAACUUGGCGGUUCGCUUGAAUUAACGAAGUGAUAAGUGAGUUAAAUGUAAACUAUGCGCUGUAGGCGAAGGGGAACAGGAUGAACGACGGGAGGAAGAGGAGCAGCUCGGUACCGGAGGAAGAUCCCGAGCAGGCGGAGGCGCCGAGAGGAAGAACGCAGAGCAAACCCAGGAUAAACAGACUGAAGAGGAGCCCGAGACACAAAGCAGACUCCGCUCCGACAGCCGCAGCUCACACAGAUUUCAAAUCGCCGACCCGUCUCCCGAAGUUCAGUUUCCGGAGCUCGGUCACUGUCGACUCUCCAAACAACGAUUCUGAACUUCAGCACGAAAUCAUCUGGGAUCCAACGUCACCCGUGACGCCUGUCAGGAACGGAGGGGCCCGGAGGAGGACCGCCGUCUUCAAGUCAGUGGACAUAUCGGACAUCGUCAACAGGAUAGCUCCAAAGAACAAGAGACCGGAGGAGGCGGAGUCAUCUUUGCUGCAGUGGAUUGGCGACACGGCCGUCCCAUGCACUCCAGAAAUCCGAGAUCGCAGGACCAAACCCAAACUAACAAGACAAAACCGUGUGGAUGACCUGCUGAAGUUAGCAAAGCAGUUUGACUUCAACAUGAUCCAGCAGGAGGAAGCUCAUCAUCUCCAACCAAACCCUGAGACCUCUGCGCAACCCAUGCCUGAAGACCAAGAUCUGUUUUUCGAUCAGAACAACCCACCAGCCUCACCACAGGCUCCCUCUGAACCUGAGAGACCACCACUGGGUUUGGAGAACACCAAAACGACCGGCGACGAUCCUCUGGAUCAUGGACAGGAAAUAGAAGACGAUCUGGAUUUGCUCUUUGAGGGUUCGACGCAGCCGGUCAGCGGCGGCCUGAGCCAGGGUUUCAGCAGUCGUUCUCAGGACACGGCUAAGUUCGCGCCACAGUUUGGAGGGAAUCUUGGCUCUAGAGCAAGAGCUGAUGCGUGUGGUGCCACUCGAGUGGGCAGAGCUUCUGAAUUGAGCACGGUCAAGCAGGUGGGAGUAGCUGAUGAUUUUGAUGACUGGAACAACGACGAUUUGCUGGACGACGCACUGGUGAUGGAGAUGACCCAAAACCCGGAACUGUUCUCCGCACCUCAGUGCAGCUCCACGCAGAAAGAGAUGAACAAAAGCAACACCAGAAUGGUUUACCGCCAGAAUGGUGGUGAUGAAGCAAAGUCUGGAGAAGCACCAAGGUUGAAUCAGAGACUCGAGAGCCUUCAGCGUGGUCCCAAUUGGAACAAGGCGACAGGAAAUGAGAACGCUGGGCAAACUGGAUUUCAUGCAAAGAACAAUCCGGAAACGUGGGUUUGUCCAUCAAGGAAGGUUCCUGGUACCCGUAGUGUAUCUAGAACUAAUUCUCAGUGUAAGAAACCAAUGGAAAUCCAACAACCAUUAGCUUCUACAAGUGCGAGCUCCAUGUGGAAAGUUCAGUCCACGAUUACAACCUCGUUAGUUUCCAAAUCUAGAUCGGUUUCCUCGACUACUCCCACUUUUAUGAACACUAAGGUCACUGAGGAGAAGGAAAACUACCCAAACAUGGAGGACGAUGUCCUUGGUGACCUCGCAGCCGAGGACCUGGACUCCAUCUUUGCAUCAGAUGAUAUCUGGGACGACGGGGCAGAUGAUGACGAUCUAUUCUGCGAAGCAUGCGAGAAGAUGGAAGGAUCCAUGACUGAACCAGAACCUCCUCCGAAAGCGUCCAUAUCGAACCCAACACCACAGAGCAGUCGUGUGCAGAGUCGUCAAAGCACUACGGGUAAACGCGAGAGCGUAUUUGCGCAUCCGUCUCCAUCUAACGCUCAGAUUUAUGACCGCAGAGCUACCGGGAACCAAGCGUCAUCGAGUACCGAAGUUCUUCCUGGAGCACGUAGUGCAAAGAACAACGCUUCAGCACUGGACAAGAGCAUGAUGACAUCGUCUGAUAGGACGUACAAGUUUAGCCAUGCUAAAAGCACUACAGGAACAGGAAGUGCCAACUAUAGUGCUGCUGGACAGGUUUGCGAGAGCACCAUGGCAACCACCGUCCAAUCAUAUCAAAGAAUUCAAGGUGACCAUCGGCUCAAAAAGCCUUACAGCACCUUUAAUGCUGUACCGGCUGGCUCUAAAGGUGUGAGUAAAUCGGUGGUGACGAGAUGCAGUGACGCUGAAAUCGAGAGGAAGAAGCAGCAGGCCAUGGAGAGGCGGAGACUCCGAAUGCUGGCCAAUCAGAAUCUUCGAGCUCCUGUAUGAUGUCACUUAACCAUGAAGAUGAACAAAAUUUGACCCGGUGGUGUUGGCAGGUCUGAACUGUACAACACUCUGAGCACUAAUUGCCCCAUCAUAAAAGAGUGGACUGGAUCUUCUCCCGGUCAGCUGUUCUGAACAGCUGAGUCUCAGCGGGGUCUCGUCAGCUGAACGUGUUCUCCUCCAGACCUCAGAAAUCCACACUGUAGCUACAGGAAAUGAGGGGACGUCUGGGCGUUUUGCAGCACAUCUGUCGCUCUGGCACUUUUGAAUGGUUGUAGUGUUUGUAUGAAAAUAUUCCUCGCUGUCUCGAAGUCUUGAUUUUCUUCUACUUUUGUUCCCGAUGAAACUGGUCUUUAAAUGGUUUAUUUGUUUCUGUUUUACAGAAAUGUGUAUUAUUUUUGUUGUAUAGAUGAGAGAUCCAAACCUCCAAAUUCACUCAGUGGAUACUAUUUUAAUAAUAAUGUUUUAUUUCCAUACUAUUAAAAUGAUCAGUAAAACUCG